AACAAUAUUGCAUGAAUAAUUUCUCUUUUACAUUCUUCUUUAUUAUAAAAAAUAUUUAAUCUGCACAUUUAUGAAUCACACUUUUGCAUAUAUUUAUCACAAAAAGAAAAAAAUUAGCUGUACGAAUAUCCACUUUCUUUACCUAUUGCACAAAAAUUUGAUUCUUUCAUAUCUCUUAACUUAACGAAUCGUAUUUCAUUAUUAAUUCCAACGCGAUAAUAAAAGUAGCAAUGUAGUAAAAACUAUAAUUGUUCGAGACUCUGGUUAAAUAAUAUGAAUGAUAUGCUCGAGAACAUAUCGUUAAAAGUUAUAACGCUAAUGGACGAAUGACACGCGUGUGACAUCAUUAGAAAUUAAAUAUUGAGUCACUUUAUGCAUCGUACACGUAUCUAUCAAUUCUUAAACGUUUCAAUGUUCAAUCGAGACUCGUAUAUGUAUUGCUGACUAAAACACGAGUUAUUAAGUCAUCGAUUGCCAGAAACCUACAUAGACAGUCUGUCGGUUGGAUUGCCUAGUGAUAGCAUGGAUGUACAACGACUGGAGGAACGAUACUUAAAAAUAAACAAAAUAUAUUCAAUCAUCAUUGGCAUGUGGCCGAAUCAAAAUCGCAAAAUGAUUCGCUGUAUUUUUGUAGAGUUUAUAGGAAUCGCGGCGCAUCUUACACAGGUGUUUGAUUUGUUUUUAUAAAAAAAGAAGAGAGAAAAAUCAAUACUAUGAUUAUAAUUUGUCUAUCAUUAAUAAUAUUGAGAUAUCAAUAAUGUUUUAUUAAUAAUUAAAUAUUACAUUUUUUGCAUCUUUAGGAAUGAGAUAUUGUAUCGGAUUCAAUUAAUCGAAGUUCAAUAUAUUAUUUGAAUUCAAUAUAUUUUGGGGAUGAAAAUUCUAUAUUGUAUUAAAUUCAGUUGAUUUUUUCAUUCAAAGUUUGAUAUUUCGAGAAUUUAACAAUGUGUUGAUAUUUCGAAAAUGUUAUAGCUUCUAUCUUCAACUCUGAAUUGCAUUGAAUCAAUCCAAAUUCGAUUCAGUUUGAAAAUGUUUGACAAUGUGCUAAUACAAUGUUUUAAAUAUUAUUAAUAAAUAUUAUUAUUUAUUAUUUUUAAAAACAAUUCUUUUAAUGUAUCAAAUUCAAUCCAAUGAUCGAUGUUUUGCAAAUAUUACAUCUUCAGAAAGAGUUUUGAUACUGUAUCGAAUCGAAACUGAUUCAAUUCAAGUUUAAAAUAACGCAAAGAAUAAUUUCUCUAUUAAUUUUUUAAUUUGGCAAUGAUCAUUUGGUUAAUUUCACGGUAGGGAAGCAACAUAAUACUAUUCUUUAGUCUAAGUGUUGCAAUGGAUCAAGUUCCCUUCUUGGUGGUGGCUACUCUCUUAAUGAUAAAGUAUAAUUUUUUUAUUAUUAAUGAGCAAAAGGUGAGAAAUUUCGAUAAUUACAAAUUCGAAUAGUAACAAGUGAAGUGAUUAAGAUUUUAAUCACUUUUAUAAAUCGUUUCUUUGUAUUUGUAACAGUUCAAGGAAUUGUUCACGAGCAUUCUUAAUGAUUGGCAAAAGAAGAAAACGCACGAGGAGGAGAUGAUCAUGGAAAAAUACGCUGACAAAAGUGUAUUCUUUAUAUUAAUAUACGUAGUAAACGCGUACUUUUGCUCGAUCCUCUUCUUGCUCCUUCCCUUCACACCUAUUUUGUUGGAUAUAUUCAUACCCUUGAACGAGUCACGGCCAAGGGUCCAGAUGUAUCCAGCGUAUUACUAUAUCGAGAAUGAGGCCGAUUAUUAUUAUCCCAUUUUGAUAUUCUCGAUCGUAUCGUUGCUGACGGCGAUGUGCGUGUUCAUUGCAACGGACACGAUGCUGAUCUACAUCGUGCAACACGCUUGCGGAUUGCUCGCCCUCGCAGGUCACCGCUUCAGAAAUAGUUUGAACGAUUUGUACUCGUCGAGGAAAGAUUCGAAAGUGGAUGGAAAAAUAUACAGAAGAUUGUGCUACGCCAUUAAAACUCACAAACGAGCGCUUGCAUAUCUCGCUGAAAUCGAGGAUUUUUACUCUGUGAAUAUCUUUAUGCAAGUGGGUGCAUCAAUUUUGUGUCUUACUGUCACGAUGAUGAAGAUAGCUACAAUAACAUGGUCCAUGGAAACUAAUCAGUAUUAUGGAUACGUGAUUGCUCAAGUGGUGCACAUUUUCUUCCUUACAGCUCAAGGCCAAUUUGUUAUUGAUUCACACGAAAAUGUUUAUUGGGAUAUGUAUGAACCAUAUUGGUAUAAUUUGCAAUCUAAAAUGCAAGCAAUGUUCGUUCUGAUACUGCGAAGAAAUUUGAAUCCCCCUCUGUUAACAGCCGGUGGAUUAGUACAACUAAACUUGAACACCUUUGCAAAGGUCGUGAAAACGAGUGUCUCUAUGGAUCAACAAACAAUAGAAGAGCUAUAUCUCAAGGAUAACAAAUUUUUCGGACAACUCGUUGGUGUGUGGCCUGAUCAGGGAAAAUUCAUAAAAUUUUUCAUACGUUCUACAAUCUUUAUCGUAAUGAUUAUUGCCUUUAUAGCACAGAUAUCACGAGUAGCAGUGUUUUACAGCGUCGACGUCUUAUCAGAUCAAAUACCAUACAUUGAUUUGGGAUUUGCCCUUAUGCUCAAGCAAUAUAAUUAUAUCUUGAAUGAGAAAAAGCUCAGAGAACUUUUACAUAACAUUAUAUCCGAUCGACUGGUGACACGAUCAAAGGAGGAAGAAGAAAUUUUCGAAAUGUAUUUUAAGAGAGCAAUGUUCUUCUGUUCUUUUUACGAAGUUAGCAUAUAUUCUUGCGGAUUUAUGUUCCUCUCCAUGCCAUCUAUACCACUAAUAAUGAAUGUCAUCAUGCCACAAAACGAAUCACGAAGUCGUGAACUCAUUUAUCCAUCCUAUUAUUUUGUGGAUGAAGAGAAAUAUUAUUAUCUCAUAACAGGACACAUGUUAGCAGUGUGUUUUGGACACGUUUUUGUGUAUAUUGCCUGCGACAUAAAUUUGAUUCAUGUUGUACAUCAUGGAUGUGCCUUGUUAACCAUCAGUGGGUAUCGUUUCAAAUAUGCCAUGGAUAACGUUGCUCUUUGUAACGAAAAAUACAGUGACGAGUUAAUGGAGAAAACUUAUGCAAAAGUAAGUCAAUCCAUCGAUGCUCACAAAAAGGCUGUCGAAUAUAUAAAUAAAAUCGAUGCUUGCCAUAUACACUAUUUCUUCAUCCUUUUGGGAAUGAUAAUUAUAACAUUCACGGGAACAUUCAUAAAGUUGACAUCGAUGGAAAUAGGAGGUAGAUUCUUCACUUUUUGUACAUUCACUAUUGGUCAACUAACUCAUCUGCUUUUUUUAAUGAUUAUGGGACAGUUUUUGAUAGAUUCAAAUGAAGAAGUCUUUAAAACAAUAUACGAUGCUCCUUGGUAUUAUGGUUCAUCAAAAACGCAAUCAUUAUAUUUAUUAGUAUUGCGAAAAUGUUUGAGUCCACCGAAAUUGACAGGAGGAGGAUUGAUAGCUUUGAAUUUAGACAGCUUUGUAAAGGUUUUAAAAGCAUCUUUUUCAUAUUAUACAGUUUUUCGAUCUUCAUAAAAUACGAUACGAAGUGGAAUGUUCGAAGAAAUGUUCGGUAUAUGUUUAUGCAAGCGAUAUUUUUGUUCACAAAAAUUUCUUAUUUUAUUUAAU